GAUAAUUAAUGUUAACGAACCUCUUGUCAUUUUAAUUGCGAUAAUGAACAAGUUAAUUUUAAUUAAUAUUGAGACAUGAUUAGGCAACAAUUCAGAUAAAUGCUAUGCUAACAGCAAUGACAUUUUAAAAGUCAGAAACUCUAACCUCGAUUGGCGAAACUCAGCACGGUGAACAAAUUCUUCCAAAUUUAAGCGAAAAUAACUACAAUCAAAACUGAAAAUGGGGUCCAAAGUGAACUCAUUAGGCAAAAAAUUAGUCGAACAACUCAAAUCCAAAGAAUUUCGAGAUUAUUUGAUGAGCACUCAUUUCUGGGGUCCUGUUGCAAACUGGGGUAUCCCGCUAGCGGCACUGGCCGACAUAAAUAAAGAUCCGAAAUUUAUAAGUGGCAAAAUGACGACAGCGCUGAUAUUGUAUUCGGCGAUGUUCAUGAGAUUUGCCUGGAAAGUGCAGCCUCGUAACAUGCUGCUCUUUGCGUGCCAUUUCACAAACGAGGGAGCGCAAUUAGUGCAGUUCUCCAGAUUUGCCAAUUACCAUUAUUUUUCAAAGGAUGAACAAGAGACUUCAGACGAGAAAAAGGUAGCAACUGCGUAAAAUCUUUGCAUUGUUUGUCUAUUAGGGUCGUUCUCCAGAGAUAUUAUAGCAGGGUUAUUGGUGCGAGAACUUUGUGGGGCACACAAAUGAAUUUAUGGCUUAAAAAAUAAAAAAACUGUGUUUACCAUGUCAUAUAAAUUUGUAGUGUAGCAUUUUAGAAACGGAGGGUAAUUUUCAAAUAUAGGGUUCGUACAUUUUGCACAGUGUAACAGCAGUAUAAUUUUGUUAUACUUUUUACAUUCUGUUUUUUGCUGUUUGUUACUGUUUUACAUUUUUACAAAACCUUGAUUAUUUUUAUAGUCUAACAG